GAUAACCAUCAUUGUCUAGCACAACAUUGAGAAUGGGGACAGUCAUGUAAAUACUGCUGUAAAAAUUCUUAACCCACACCCAUUCACCACCGUACUUAGCUAUUUCUUCCUUUGAUCUCAGUUCGAGUUCUCACCAUGGCCUUCACCAUAUCUCGGCUUACAGAAGAUGACAUACCUGGAGCUGUGAACACUAUUCAGGAAGCAUUUAAAGAAGAUCCUUACAACCUGUGGAUUUACAAUGAUCGAUCAAAGCUGAACCUGGUCAGAAACUCGGUAUCUCUUGGCAUUCGUUGUCGAUGGGGAAUUCGAAACGGCUUGUUCUAUGUUGCUAAAGACUCUCAAAGUCAUCGGGUUUUGGGCGUUGCAAUGUGGUUACCACCCAAAUCUGCUGGAUCGCCGGAGACGUGGGCAGAAUGGAUUGACAGUUGGGCCAUGUGGGCUCAACAAGUCGGUGUGAAUAUUUGGUACGGUCGAGGUGGCCUAAAUGUGAAGCGUUAUUACAUCUGGAAGGACAGGCAAGCAGAAGCCCAGUCUAAUAUUUGGACCGACCCUCAAGGCUACUACUUUCUAAAUAUAAUGGUUGUUCAUCCUGACGCUCAAGGAAGAGGAAUCGGAAAGGCGCUAGCCAAGGAAGUAACUAGCAUUGCUGACGCAGAAGGAAAAAGAUGCUAUCUUGAAUCUAGUCGGGAUGUUCCCAACAUGAAGAUAUACGAAACCUUCGGAUUCCAUUUUGAAAAGAAGAUGGUUUGCGACGAUGAAGGUGAUACUUGCAAUAUCUAUUGUAUGACUAGAGAACCACAAACAGAUUCGAAAGGAUCUAAAAAGGAUGUGUGAGAAUGCGCCUCUAUCUUUGUAGAUGCUAGACGGUCGCUCUUCUUCGCUAAACCCCGUCAAAUUAUGACGGUGUGAUCGUUCUCGCCUCAUAGGCACGGAUUAGAUGAACCUUUCUGUGUUAAUGAAUUGGAGAACUCCAGUGUCCCAAGACUCGGCAUGGCAUGGUUUGUCCAAUCAUCAUUGGCACUUUCGGUGGUUCGGAAAUCCGGUAAACUUUCCAAAAUCUCCGAACAGACCGAAAAUGACUGGGACAAUGUUCAGGUGCCUGGUAGAUAGGAUAGAUAGUACAGGGUAGGAAUCAUAACACUCCAAUUGACCUGUCA